AUGCUCAGAGUUCCCGCCAGUUUCCGAAACCUUAGAUUUCCCCAUUUUCCACUCUCACGUUCUACUUCCCGCAACAACCUAUCCCAAUGCUUGGUGGGUUUCAUGUAUCACACCAAAUUGAGUGCCUCAUCUUACAAGUCACUGCUCUCCGAUCACCUCAGAAACCAUAGACUAGAUGAAGCUAUCCUUCUUUUCAAUACAAUCCCUUCUCCCGGUGCCGAUAUGUUUACCAAAAUGAUAACGGGCUAUGCGCGACGGGGUAGGCUUGACGAUGCCCUGAAGCUGUUCGAUGAAAUGCCUCAGAGAGAUGUGGUCUCGUGGAAUGCGAUGAUCAAAGGUUGUUUGGAUUGUGAUGAUUUGGGUAAGGCUAAGGAGCUGUUUGAUGAAAUGCCGGAGAAGAGUGUGGUGUCGUGGACGACCAUGAUGAAUGGGUACUUGCAGUUUGGAGAGUUUGAAAUGGCAGAGUGCUUGUUUCAGAAAAUGCCCGCGAGGGAUGUGGCUGCGUGGAACUCCAUGAUUCAUGGAUGUUUUAGCUAUGGAAGAGUAGAUGAUGCUAACAAGUUGUUUGAGGUGAUGCCUGGGAAGAAUGCCAUUUCGUGGACUUCCAUGAUUGCUGGGCUUGACCAGAAUGGGAGGAGUGAGGAAGCUUUGGUUGUUUUCGGAGAGAUGGUGGCGUCUGGCGUACAAGCCACUUUGACCACAUUUGGGAGCGUGGUGACAGCUUGUGCGAAUUCGGGGAGUUUAGAUUUAGGUGUAGAGGUUCAUGGUCAGAUUGUCAAGUUAGGGUACUGCUUUGAUGUAUUCUUAGCUGCUUCACUUAUAACACUUUAUGCAAACUGCAAUCAAAUAGAGAAUUCUCACAAGGUUUUUAAGGAGAGUGUGCAUAGAAAUGUGGUGGUAUGGACAGCUCUUAUAACAGGAUGUGGAUCGAAUUCUAAACACGAUGAUGCAUUGAAGGUUUUUAGGGAUAUGAUGAUCUCAGGAGUCCUCCCCAAUCAAUCUUCUUUCACUAGUGCUCUGAAUUCAUGUUUGGGAUUGGAACAUCUCCAUAGGGGAAAGGAGAUACAUGCCACAGCUGUUAAGUUGGGUUUUGAAACUGAUGCCUUUGUGGGUAAUUCUCUCAUUGUCUUGUAUACCAAAUGUGGAAAUGUAAAUGAUGGAGUUGCUGUAUUUAAGAGAAUUGGUGAGAAGAAUGUUGUCUCAUGGAACUCAACCAUCAUUGGAUGCGCGCAACACGGUCGUGGAAAGUGGGCAUUGGCUCUCUUUAACCAAAUGUUACGGGCAGAUGUAGGCCCCGAUGAAAUUACAUUGACUGGGUUGCUCUCUGCAUGUAGCCAUUCUGGAAUGUUGCAGAAAGCAAGAGGCUUUUUCAAAGUUUUAUCUCAGACUAAAUAUAUUGAAAUGAAAAAGGAGCACUUUACAUGUAUGGUGGAUGUCUUGGGACGAUUUGGCGAAUUAGAAGAAGCGGAGGAGUUUAUUAGAAACAUGCCUGUUCAAGAAACUAAGAUGGCUUGGCUAACUUUACUUGGUGCUUGUAGGUUGCAUUCCAAUUUGGAUGUGGCUGAAAGAGCAGCAAAGAACAUUUUUGAUAUAGAACCGAACUGUAGUGCUGCGUGUGUUUUAUUGUCGAAUAUAUAUGCUUCUGCAAAUAGAUGGAGCGAUGUAAGCAGAAUACGAGAGAAGAUGAAGUAUGGUGGAACUGUAAAACAACCGGGUUCGAGUUGGUUUACUUAGGAUUAGCCAGCACAUUUUAUCAGAAAGUAGUAUAGGUGAGUGUGCUUCACUCCAUUUGCUUUUGACUAAUGAAGUCUCUAAAACCCUCACUCAGAUGUUGAAAGUGUUGAUGCUGAGGUGGAAUUUGUUCUCAUUGUGCGGAAGGAUUAAUCUCCAGCAGUAAUGGCAUCAAAACAUGGAUCACGAUCGAAAAAUUAGGUUCGGGCAAUUCAAGAGCCGCUAAUUCUCCUUCAUCUUCGACUACAUCAUCUUCGAAACAAUAUUUGAUGUUAUUAAAGGUCAGAGCUCUCCCGCAUCUUCUUUGGCUCAAAGUAAGCCAUAGGCGGAAAGGUCCAAGGGAAAUGUCACGGUGUCGUUCCGCUUUCAUCCACUCAGGUGCAUUUAUUUAUUAUGAGUUGUACUUCACUUAUAAAGUUUCGUGAAUACUCAAUAAUGUGGCUGUUGUAUAUCUGGUGUAGUCCGAGGGAAAUUGGCCAAGCAGAAGAAAUUGCAUGGUAUGCAGAUGGAGACACUAUUCUGCGGAAUGAGCAUAAUUCAUCAAUAGCUUAUGCAUACG